GCGUGUCGGUCAUUCGUGUGCGAAUAGUCCGACGGCAUCGAAGUAGGUUUUGCGCGCGGUUUUGUCUACGGCACGGGUGCCACUUACUACAGCAGUGUGUGGCCAAAGCUUCUCCAGCGAUCUGACCGUUGGUGGUGUUUGGACGUGUGUUUUGUGCAGCAAAAGAGCGUUCUGUGCCGUCGCUUUAACUCAACCCGUGUUCGUGUUCGGAUACUAUCAAGUUCUGUGUAAAAGUGAAACAGGAGUUUGUGAAGGGGCUACGAAUGCUACGAAGCUCCAUUUUGUGACGUCAAACAGUGGACGAACGUUUCCGGUCGAUAGAGGAUUGUUUGCUUCGUUGCUCCGGUUGGUUUAGUGUUCGUCCUGUUCCCAUCCAAUCGCUCCCAAAAAAAAAAUGUGUUGAAGUUCUUGUUGAAGCUGCCCCCGCCGACGUCAAUCCUGUCGUUGAAUGCGCUGAGUGCUAUUUCAAGUUAAUCCGCAGCUUGAACCACGCCGAGUGUGGAUUACGAGAUGUAGCUGGAGGUGUGUCUCAGUUUCGGUUGAUCCCCUGGGUCAGCCAGCAGCAGCAAGGAAUGUAAAGAAUUCGAAGCAGCGAGGAAAAGAAUCAGCUGGCAGCAGCAGAUUACGCGGGCGAAGAAGUGCUCAGGAAGGCGAACGACUAGACCCCGAGCUGCUGCUGUACGUUGUGUAUGUUUGUGUGUGACUGGUGAGUGAAAGUGUUUCCAGGCCCUGCUGCACGUGCUCCAACGACAGACAGCCUGCUCGGUAGGGCGGAGGAGGCUGGAGCACGUUUUUAAUUUAUUUGCAGUUCGCUUCACUUUGGUACAGUUUUUGGGGCGCCAUUUAAACAGCUAAGCGGUAGGAGAUGAUUUUUACGUAAUCCCUCUAACGCUAAUGCAGGGUAGUGCAUACCACAAAAUGAGAUAAAAAUAUAACCUAAAAUAGAUUGAAGGGAAGGGGAAAGUACACACAUUUUAUCCUCUCCAAUCAUCAUAAAUCGGUGGAACGUUUCAAAUUAAAGUGGUUCGCUGCCUGCUCCCUCGUACGCACAUCCGCCGUGCUAAAGAUCCAAGAAUUGACAUUCCAGAAAAUAGGAUUUUGAUUUACUACUCCCCCGAAACCGUCCAUCCCAGCCAACCGUGACGAAAGGUAUCACCUUGCCAGGGUGCAUGGGUCGUUAGAAAGAAAGGAAAGACCGAACAGCACUAAAAACGGUGAACCAGCCCCAAUCGCUGAUAAGAUAGCGUUUUAAGGCGGGGUGGAGGGGGGGCGUGUUGGAAGGAGACAGCUCAGUCAAGCGCGCACGCAAGUACACGCUCGAAGCAGGCGGACGCACCGCAGCUUCAUCGAUCGUCCCAGUCCAUCUGCCGGGGUGAGCAAAAUCGAUACUGCUGCGAUAUCAUCCUACACGUUUCCUGGGCUGCUCCGGCAGCGACUUCCUUCCUUCACGGUACCUUUGUACCAUGAAAUGCUGACUUCUUUUAUUGCCGGCAACUCCUGCCGCCUUUGCCGCUGCUACAAUGGAAGCCGAGUUGUCCAACCAUCGCUAGGCGGAAGAGCAACAUAGUGCACCAUACACACACACCGCUAUCCCAAAGGACGGCGCAAUGCUGCAACCUGUACCGUCGCCGUGCACCACCUACCGACGCCUGCCAAUGUCUGUCAGCAUUUUAUCGCGCCGGCAUCAGCACCUGAAGCAACAGCACCGGCACGACGGUGCACGCCUCAGUUAAUACCGUCUCCAGCGACGUCAAGCGCGUGAAGGACACCAGGCCGGACCCGGCGGUAAGGCUGCGAAGCACGAGACGCUCUGUGCACCCUUGCGCCAUCUACGGGAGAGGCCGGCACGCUUUAAAAGGCUAUCCAUCCAAAGCAAAGCAGAGCACGGCGUGCACGGCGCAACGAUGUUGAAGGAACGGGACGACCAAGAUCAGGAGAUAUGCAAAGCACCGUCACCAUCGUCGACGGAGGACAGAAAGCUACACGAUGCGUCCGAUGCGGAUCCGGUUGGCUCCCAACGGGUGUACAAGAAAACCUCCUCCAAUCAACUGCUGACGCUGUACCUGGGCAGCCGGGAGCUGGUGGCGCGCAAGGGCGUCAUCGAGCCGCUCAAGGGCGUGCUCUACAUCGAUUCGAAAAUCAUCAACGAGGCUAAAAUUUACGGCCAGCUAACGCUAACGUUCCGGUACGGACGGGAGGAUGAGGAAGUAAUGGGACUAAAGUUCUGCAAUGAAGCCGUUAUUGCCCUGCAGCAGUUUUGGCCACGACCGGUAACCGCCGAAACGGAUUCGUUAACACCCCUGCAGGAAGCACUGCUCGAGCGGCUGGGGAAGAAUGCGAUUCCCUUCGCGCUGGAAAUUGGCACGCUGGCCCCACCGAGCGUGCAGCUUUUACCGGCCAAGCGGUACACCGGCGCACCGAUCGGGACCAGCUACGACGUUCGCGUCUACACAGCAGCCGAAGCAUCCGGUGACGAACGUGUCCAGCGGAGAUCAACUGUGAGAUUAGGUAUAAGAUUAAUCCAUAAGAUCUGCCUUGAUAGUACCAAAGCGCCGGCCGCACUCGAGACGGCCACCGUCAACAACUCGUACGGCGGCGAUGCGUCCGGCGGGUCGGCCGGCCCGAAAAGCCCGCCGGCGCUCAUCCCCCAGGCCUCGAUCGGGACGGACACGGGCGCGCAAAGUGCGACCACCAUCCCCCGGGCGCUCCGGUUGCGCCUGUCGCCGAAAUCGCUCAAGCUGUCCUCGCUCCACCGGCACAGCAGCAGCGUGGACAGCACGAACGGCGGCAUCAAGUCGUACGGCGAUCAUGCCAUCAUCGAGCUGACCGAGACGAACAAGGGUCCGCAAGUGUCCGUCGAUAAGCCGUUCCUGUGGGCGGACGGACGCGUUAACCUGAAAGCAUCACUCAACAAGGCUGCCUACGUGCACGGUGAAAACGUUACCGUCACGCUCGACAUCAAGAACGACAGCAGGAAAAUUGUGCGGAAAAUUCGGCUGGUCGCGGUACAGCACGUCGACGUGUGCAUGUUCAGCAAUGGCAAGUUCAAAAACAUCGUCGCCGAGGUGGACGUCAGCAAACACAUCGGGCCGGGCGAUACGCUUCACGCGUCCUACUCGCUGCUUCCGGUUCGUGGCACCACCAAAAACUGGAUCGCUGUGGAAGGUGCCUUAUUCAGCAGCAACAGUGCCGACCCGAGCUCCUCCGCCUACAACUCCAAGCUGGCGACGAGUGCGCCCCGCGGCAUGCUGUCCGCGCCCGCCACCACCGCCGAGGAGAAGAACGUGUUCGCCAUCUACGUCUCGUACUACGUCAAGGUGAAGCUAAUACUCAGCAGCAUGGGCGGCGAGGUAUCGCUCAAGCUGCCGUUCGUGCUCGGCAACGUGGAGCUGAGCAGCGCGGACGCAACGAAACCGCCCGACACGCUCAGCGGGCUCAAGCGGCUGCGCGAGCUGCGCCGCAAGUCGUCCGCCAUCGCGACGAACGGCGGCGUUGGCGGCAGCCUCGAUUUCACGCCCUGCCGGUCACCGCUCUCGAAGGAGCUGAGCCUGCGGGACGUGGACGAACCGCCGCUAGAGGUGGACGAGGGCGCGUCAAGGGUGCGAAACCUCAACCAGCACAAUCAACUCUCGCCCGGCAGUCGGCGGAAUGUGUCGCCGACGAUCGCAGCCGAUCGCGCCACUUCCGGCGGCGGUGAGCAGGAGCAGCAGGCCACCAUCAACAGCCGCCGGGAGCUGUUCAAGAACUCCAAGUUCAACGACAACCUGAACAGUACAAUCGACAUCAUCACCGAGGACUUCCAGGCGAUAACGGCCAACAUCUCCAGCCUGAUCGCCAAGUCGGACUCGAGCAAAUCGAACCUGAACGAGGCGGGCGUGUCCUGCUGCAACCAGGAGAUUAGCGUCGAGGCCCAGAUCCACUGUCCCCAGUCGGUGGGUCCAGAGCAGGCGCCGGAGGACCCCGAGCCGGGGGGUAGCACGCCGCAACGAUCGCCCCAGCGGGAGGAACAUUGAUAGCGAAGGGCGAAGCCCGCGCCCAGCAGCAGUACGCUCUACUCGUGCACGGUUUACGUGCUUUUCGUCGGUGUGUUGUUUCGCUGUGUACGUGUACGUGUAAGUGUUCGAAGGAUCGGAAGCAGCACACAAGAAGCUGCGGCAGUUUUCUAUUACAAAUCGAAGUGUGACACAAACGCGUACUUCGCUACAACAGCCUAAAAGUCCCCGUUAGCCAGAGGCGUUGUACUGAACUGUAGGCUGAUAGUGGAAUUGUACUGUGUGUUUUUAAGAUAACAUGUAGACUAGAGAGAAGAUGGCACUGGUAGAGGGUAGAGAAACACGCCAGCCAAGAGAGCAGAACCUCCUUCCGCCAAUUCGUUCCGCUAGACUGCCUUCGCCAAAGCAAUCAGUCAACCACGGCCAAGCACCGAACGGAAAGUUCCCGUCUUGUAACUUUCGCAACGAUUGUCAGGGUUUGUAGGGCGCUGUAGUAGCUAUAACAGUUUACAAUCACGGCACGCGACAAGACGUGCCCUCCUCGGUACAACACUAUACACACAUCCUUUACAGUAGAGGUAGCUGAGAGAUCGAAGCACGUGCCCCUAGUCACACUUGUCUCCGGAGGCUAACGUCAAACCGUCAAUCAAACCCGCCAAAAAGUAACCAAAAAAACCUGUAACAGUCAUCAUCCUGUGUGCCUACAAUUUUGAACCGACUCUUGGGAGAAAGUACCGCACGUGCACUUCCACAAAGAGGAGGCAAAGAAAGUGAAAGUAUCUUUCCCACCGCCUCCCCGCUACAUUACACACAACACGUACAAAUAUUGCUCAUAUUGGAUCACGCCAUCGCCCGGGUUUCCGAAUCCCGGCAGCUACCGCCACACGCACCAAAUCUGUGAGUUCUAUGAACUUUUUAACCAACUUUUGCAUGCGUCUGGAACAACACCGGAGGGGGUUUUGGGAUGUUGAGAAGAAUGAAUCAAGCGAUAUUGCGACAAGACAAGUCGAUUGAGAAAGCUCUCAAAACCGUUUCUUCUGUUUUCCCCCAUUUGGGGCUGGCGGGUGUUCCCCGGUGAAGGAUCUUUACAUAUUUAUAUAAGCCCACUACUGUGUGUCACUGAUACAUAUCGAUACAUAAUAUAGGAAAAAAAUGGGAACUAAGGGACAUCAGGCAAACGGAAAUUAUGGACAGAGACAAACGUUAUGUAUUUAUAGUAACGUAUGUUUUUUUUAUAUAGUCUUUCAAAGUUCUUCGCGAUCGCUUUCAACAUUUAAUUAAAUUCUAUUCUACCAUUCAUUCGUUGUUCAGUUAAAAACGUGCUGAUUGCUAUUACUAAUGAAAUUAUUCCUUUAUUUAACUCUGGUUCGGUUUAAUUCACUAUCGAUUGCCCAUAAUGUCAACGGAACGUCCUGUGCACAAAAGAGCCUCUUGUAACUCAAUUGAAUGUUUGUACAUGUAAUAAGUAGUAAGAGCAUUAUAUGAAACACUAAACAACAGCGAGAUAUGUGAAGCAGCAACACCGAGGACUGUAUUGUCUGAUAAGUAGUUUUACUAAAUACUAAACAGUAAUUUGAUAAGUUGCAAAACCAGGACACGCUAGACAAGUUUAGGCAAUUAUAAACACGGAUGAAAGUAAGUAACUGUGAAAGGACGACUAAAUAGGAAUUAGUAGUAGCGCUAGUAGUAGCAUUUAGCAGUAGCAGCAGGGGCGUAUGGAAGAUUGGUUAUGUUUCACUUGUUGCUUUAUUUAUGCCAUUCCAGGUGUGUGUGUGUCCAAAGAUUAAUAGGGCACAACAACCCAAGUUGGGACAAGCGGGCAAACUCUUCCACAAAGCUGGGGAAGUUCCUUAGAUCGUGCGUGUAUGAUUGCGCAUUACGGUAAGACAUUGUAAGCAAAGCAGAUUCUUGUGCUUAACUCCUUAAGACCAUACCCUUCCCCAAAAAAACCAGAAUAGAAACAGAAAACAUGUCGCAGAUGCUGUGCGUCUUGCGCUAGUAUUUAGUGUGCAGCGUGUGCGAAAAAGGGUAGAAGAAGGUAUCCCCUUCGCUGUACGUUGCUAUAUAUACGAUGCUCUAGACUAUUGUUCGGGUGUAUACUAAUAGAUAUUGUGACACUAUCAUUAAAUGUAGAGAAGCAAGUGUAGCGAGGAAAUACAUUUAGACCGGUUUGGAAGGGGAAGAAAACAUGGUGAAGAGGGGGGGGGGGGGGGAUAAUGCACCAAACCAGACGCAACUGCAGUGCAAUCAGUGGGCUGGACUUUCAGGCAUAAGCUCUCCCUCACUUCUUCCCAAUGCCGUUUGUAUAUGUGUGUGUGUGUAUGUGUGUGGCUGCAGUGUGUACUAAAAGUGGCAUAAAAGAGUUAUUUAACACGAACGAGUAAAUAAAUCGAUGUUUUGUAUGAAAAACUAA